CGGAUGUGGAAUGACAAACAUGGCGGCGUCCAAUGUCGAUACAUUUAGGGCAAAUCGAUUACAGUCACAGAAACCUUCCCAAUGUCUCCACUGACACGGACCUGGUGUUGUGAGCUGAAGCCACAGCUGUGUUACGAUGUGGACGACCGGCAGGACCGCAGGAGCUUCUCUCCGAGUCCUCCGCCCCCUGCAGCGCUGCUGUCCGCAGGCGGCGCCCUGCAGGCUGGGGUCGUCAUCCAGACCCCCGUGGAGGCUCCUGUUCUUCGGCUCCGAUCAGUUUGCCGCUGAAUCUCUAAAACUCCUCACAUCCAGCAGGAGCUCCGUUGAAGGGAUAGUGGAGUCCCUUGAAGUUGUCACUUUGUCUGGGGACGUCCCAGUGAAGACGUUUGCUCAACAGAACCAACUAGCAGUCCACAGCUGGCCCCCCCACAAUGUGGAUGGACGCUUUGACGUUGGGGUGGUGGUCUCUUUUGGCUGUUUACUCCAUGAGAGACUGAUCAACAAGUUUCCAUAUGGGAUUUUGAAUGUUCACCCCAGCCUGCUGCCGAGGUGGAGAGGUCCAGCACCCAUCUUCCACACCAUCCUGCACGGUGACGGCGUGACAGGGGUCACCAUCAUCCAGAUCCGCCCUCACAGGUUUGAUGUGGGCCCCAUUCUGAACCAAGAGCUCCAUCAGGUCCCUGAGAACUGUACUGCUGAUGAGCUGGGAGUGGCCCUCGCCACUAAGGGAGCCCAUCUGCUCAUUGAUACGCUCAUGACACUGUCUGAGAGAUUGGCACAUAAAAGGGAGCAAAGACAGAUGGGUGCGACAUUUGCCCCCAAAAUCACCACAUCCAUGAGCUGGGUGGUGUGGGAGGAACAGAGCUGUGAGCAGAUUGAUCGUCUGUAUCGUGCCAUCGGAUCCCGGAUACCAUUGAGGACCACAUGGAUGGGCAGGACAAUAAAACUUCUGGACUUCGUAGGAAAAUGUCACAUUUCACUGUUAGAUCCCGAGAGGAAACCGGUGCCUGGUUCACUGAGCUAUCAGAAGGAGUCCAACACUCUGGCUGUCUGCUGUAAGGAUGGCUGGGUGGGAUUCAAGGCAGUGCUCCUGAAGAAAAGGCUGACAGCGGCUGACUUCUACAAUGGCUACCUGCAUCAGGCGCUGCAGAAGAGAACCCCUCAUCAGACGGCUGAAGGACUGUUUGUCAGCCGGAGACGAGCACCUGAAGCACAUCCGAUGAGAGAGAACUCAACGUUGUGAUGCAGCGGGAAUCCUUUUCUACAGACAUGACAUCACCGAAUGUCCUUUAUUGUAGUUCAUUUGUUACUCUUGUCUGUUUUAAGACAUCUGCAUGUACAGUUCAUAAAUACAUGUGCUGUUGUCUGACAGAUACAAGGGACGACCAUCAACUCAUUAUUUCCAUUUAUACAACUGCUAAAGAGAAAUGGCAUUAUUGACUCUGAGAUCAUGUAUUACCUCCGGAGUGUCUAGCUUAGUAACCAACACAAAAACAUAUUUGGAAUGUAAAUGAUUGACUUUCAGGACAUUCAAUUUAUUUAUGGACUGUCUGGAUUAUUUUGCAAAGAAUGGGAGAUCAUCUGUUCAUUGUUCUUAUCUUUGGCUCCUUUAAUAAUGACAAACGCAGGUUCUCAACCUAUGACAUCGAAAAUCUUAUGCAAAUAAUGCAAGUGAGUUUUAAUUGGUCUAAUAUUGCAAUCAGUUGAGUUAAUAUACAGUUGUGUGAAAAAGUG